AAAUUUAUUAAAGAGAUUUUUUUUACACCAGGGAUUAUUUUAUUAAUGACGAUAAAGCCACGUCAACAUAAAAGCUGUUGUCACGUCAUCACGCUGACUGGGGAAGCCGUCUGGGGUAGGUUUGACGGAAUUUUAUAAAGGGAAAGAUCGAUGUCUGUCGCCGCCGACGAUGCUCAUGCUCAUGUUGUCUGGACUUAUUAGGCUUUCACCUGAUCGAGUUCUCAACUUUCUUCUUUUCCUUUGCUCCUCAUCUGAGUGCAUCUGGUUUCACUUUCCUCCACGUACCUCAGAGGUGGCCAAAGGUUAUAUACUACUAGCUCUUUUACAAUUAAACUAUCCUCAUCUUUAUUGAUUUUUUUGACUUUAAUUGCUUAUUUCAGAGAACUGUCAGACGAGAUUAAGUCUAAGUCUGCUGGGAACACCUGUUGAACAGUUCAACUUGAACUAGUCUAUCCUCUGUUUUUGGCAUUUUUCCCUGAGUGCCAUCACAACUCCCGUUCUAAUGGCUCUUGUGAUGACUGUGGAACCUAAGUUCAUGCCUACCAUUAUGGACAAGAGAAGGUGCACGUGAUGGCUGUGCUGAGACGACGUUAUAUUUCCAUCUCAUCGGAAGACGGUACCUCUUCGUUUCUCUCAUGGUUAAAAAAGUUAUUUCGUGAAUCGUGAUACAUAAUAGACUCUUUGGUUGGUUCCAAGAAUUGUAACAAGUCUUUUUUUUUUUUUUUUUUUCACACACCGACUAUAUAAAUAUACUAUUGGGAGUCUAGUACAGCAUGAUAUUGUUUGUUUACAGUCCGGUAUUUAAUUUAUUUAUUUCAUACGAAUUGGGUGCUAAGGCUAAUGUGCAAUGUAAUUCAAUAAAGGUAUCAGGGUCAGUCGUUUUAUGAUAAUUAGAAUUUUGAAUUCAAAAAAUAUUACAUAGUUUACGUAUAGUAGUAAUUUUUGUAGCUAGCUACCUCUUAAGAUUCCAUUGUUUUUUUCUUCUUUUUUUGGGGGUCAACUUAGGGAUUUAUUACAAAAUGGACGUAAGAGUACUUAGCCUUUUAUCCCCUUGUCGUUGCUUUGUAUGGCAUGUCUUUUCAGUUUCUUGAUAAUGUUUUCCUGUUUUCCCCCUACUAUCAAUUCCCAAAUCAUUCUCCACACAAUAUGUUUUGGAUCUUACACGACCAAGCCAUUGCCAUUGGUUCUUAAUUCAAGUUUGGUAUAAGUUUUGUGGGUUUGCCUUUCAAGAAUACUUAUCACAUUUCCUAAAACGUUGAUUCAACUCUCAAAUGAUAUUGGCCUAAGACAAAAUAAUAAUACUAAAGUCUUAUUGUCGCUACAUCCAAAACCUUGUUCGAACAACAAUGUUGUUCGCUUAGUGUGAACUGAUCAGGUCUCAACCAAUAAGGCAAAUAUUACUAGACUAGUAUAAAACGUACUAUAUAUGUGUUUGAACUUAUGGUUAUUAUUUUGCAAGCUACAUACAAAUUAGGUAUGAAUCAAAAUUCUGAAAGUGUGGAUCUCCGUACUCUAUAAACUAUUGCACAUGCUUUUGACCCGAUACAAGGAUAAAGAAACAUAUGCCAUGACUCCAAGGUGAUACCCCAAAAUAAAUAAAAAGUGGGUCCUCAAUCGGCCUAAAACUUGUUCCGAAACAACAAAUCAUAUCGCAUAUCUAGAUGAUAUAAUCUUCUUAGGACAAAGUGAGUCUGUACCAUUUAGAUUCACUUAGCUUGGACAUUGCACUUUUGUGAAUGUUGUUGUGUUUACGAAGAACAGGUUCCAAGCACAAGAAAUAGUCCUUUCUAGUUUCUAAUAUCUUUAGUUUUUUUUUUUUGUUUUUUUUUACUCGGGAUUCAUAGCCACCCCUCUUGUCAACAACCCUCCACGGCACCAAGCCUCCAAUAAUAUUUUAUUUUCUUUAUAAAUAUCAUAAACCAAUAGUAUGGUUUAUGGUAAUUUAACCAUCCAAUAUACUAUAGUUUAAAAUAUAAUUAUUAUUGAGUGGUUGGAAUGUUGAGUCUUUCUUCCUAAAAGUCGGAAGGAUGAUAUUAUAAGUUUAGACAAACAUAAGUACUGGUUUCUCUUUAGAUGUCAAAGUCCAUCAAACUUUGAUUCCUCUUGGCUAAUAUAUACAUGCGUAGAUUUGUAAUGUCAGUCGAUAUGGCUGGUCUAGUUAGUAAACAGUACAUGGCUAGUCUUGUAGUAAUCUUACUCUUGAUCUCCUCAUCAUCUCUCUUUGCAACUUCACACAGCUGCGACCCUGAAGAAGAAGAAGCAGCCUCCUCCAGCUACGUUUGCCACUCAAACCUCCAAAAGUGCCACACUUUCGCCAUCCUCCGAGCCCAUUCUCCCUUCAAUUCCCCAUCCAAUCUAAGUUACCAUCUGGGACUCGACUCCUCUGUAGACGCUGACGAGUUUGUUCCACAAGGUCAGUUACUGUUGAUCUCAAUCGACUGCAGAUGUAAUGGAAGUAUCUACGAAGCCCGUCUCACCAAAACUUGCGUUAAAGGAGACACCUUUCGCUCUGUCUCUCAGUCUCUGCAAGGCUUGACCACGUGCCUAUCUAUCAGAGAGAAGAAUCCAGAUAUUUCCGAGGACAAGCUCGGCGACAACGUUAAGCUGAGUUUGGCGAUCAGGUGCUCUUGUCCAGAACCAGAAGAAGGCGUUUCAAACGCUAGCUUUCUCAUCACGUAUCCCGUGAGCGUCCGCGACAGCGUUUCCAGCCUGGCGGUUAAGUUCAACACAACAGAGGAUGCUAUUGUCUCUGCAAACAACAAAUCUGGUGUGGUUCCACUCAAGCCUGCUCUGAUCCCUCUUGAUCACAGACCGGUUCUCGAUCAGCUGGCCAAACCGGAAAAGCCAGGAUCACGGAACGUAACCGCCGAGAUUCUCCGUAAAAAAAAACCAACCAAGAAGAAACGGUCAAAGAUGAAGCUCAUGAUCGCUGUGAGCAGUGCGAUUGCUGGAGUUUGCGGUCUUAUCACUAUCCUAGUGUUUGGUUACUUACACUGGAAGAAAGAGACGCGGAUGCAAACGCAAACGCAGAACUGGAUCAGCAACAAAGACCCUGAGACGCGGCAGCUGAGUCUGAGCAUCCGAACCACCAGUGACAAGAAAAUCUCGUUUGAAGGGUCGCAGGACGGUUCCAUACUGGACUCUCACAACACUGUUGGCACCACUACGCCGCGGAAACCCGUUCUGGAGAUUUACGCGUUUGAAGAGCUAGAGAAAGCCACUGAGAAUUUCAGCUCAAGCAAUCACAUCAAAGGUUCGGUUUAUUUCGCUUCGCUCAAAGGCAAAGACUUGGCCAUAAAGCAAGUGAGUGCAGAUGCAAUGAAAAGAUUCGAUUUCGGGCUUCUCAACGAUCAGUCACACUACUAUAACCACAAUCUGGUUAGGGUUCUUGGGACAUGUUUCAGAGAAAUCGAUCAGGCUUCUUAUCUGGUUUUCGAGUAUGCAAAGAAUGGGUCCCUGUGGGAUUGGAUUCAGAACAAACUGGCGAUCAAGAAUCAGUUCAUCGAGUCUUGUUACUGUUUCUUGGCGUGGAAACAGAGGAUCAAGAUCUGUCAUGAUGUCGCCAUCGCGUUAAAGUAUAUGCAUCGGAUCAACUACGUCCACGGCAACAUCAAGAGCACAAACAUAUUCUUGAACGAAGAUCUCAGAGGUAAAGUCGGAAAAUUCGGGAUGUCAAAGUGCGUAAACGACGAACUAGCGACUGAGGAGAACCUUCUAGAAGGUUCGAUGUCCUCAGCUACUGACGUAUUCGCUUACGGGAUUAUGGUAAUGGAGGUUUUGUCCGGACAAACACAAGAGAUGUUGCUUGGAUUGCAAGAGGAAGAGACAACAUCCCUUGGGACACAAGAAACGUGUGUAUCCGAAUGGGAGAGAUUGAGAAGGGCUCUCGGGGACAAGGAAAAGCUGAGGGAAGUGAUGGACAGCACAUUGGGAGAUAGUUAUUCGGUUGAUAGCGCAUUUGAAAUGGCAAGUAUUGCAAGAGAUUGUACUGCAGUAGAACCGGAGUCAAGGCCGAUUGCGGCUGAGAUUGCAGAGAGGGUUUCAAGACUGGUGGAUGACGAUGAUGAAGAAGAAGAAGAAGAUGAAGCAGUAAUAGAGAGGGAGAGUACAUUAAUUUCAGAGAGUUCAUACAAGCCUUUGGUAAAGAAGACUAGUAUAGUAUAGUAGACUAAUAUAAUUAA